GCGAUGGAAAUCAGGGUUCUUGUUGUCCACACUUCCGGGCUGGGUAUAUACGGAGUUUGGACGUAUUGGAGAUCGGAGCUGCAGUCGCCACGCCCCGUUACCGUCGGAGCUGCAUGUCACUCUUCAGCCCCUGCAAGGGAACCAGGGACCGCAUGGCUUGCCUCGCUCCUCUUCCCAUGAUUAUGAUUCCUCUUUCUUGCCAUGGCAGCGCGGACGAUGGAAGCUUAUAUGGAACAGAAC